AAUCCCUAAUUCUCUCUCUCUAGUUUUCCUCUCUCUCUAAAAGGGAAUGGAACCCAACGAAAGCCACCACCACCAACAGCAGCAGCGUCUCAGUUCUCCAUACUUUCUCCAUCCCCACCACAAUCUCCAUCACCACCACCCAACCACCACCUCUGCCUCCUCCUCCGCCGCAACCACAGCCUCGUCCGCCUCCGCGGUUCCGUCGUCCAACAAUGGGUUUUUGCCGCCGCCGCCGCCGAACGACGGGUCUUCUCUCGUCGUGUACCCUCAUUCGGUGCCGUCUUCGGCGGUGGUGGCGCCGAUGGAGCCGACAAAGAGGAAGAGAGGACGGCCGAGGAAGUACGGAACGCCGGAGCAAGCUCUAGCGGCGAAGAAAAUGGCGUCUUCUGCGAGCAGCUCGUCAGAUAGGAGGGAACAGUUGGCCGCGGCUGCGGGAGGUACGGCAUCGUCUAAUUCUGGGUCUUCGAGAAAAUCCCUGUUGGAUUCUGUCGGAAAAACUGGGCAAAGCUUUACUCCUCAUAUUGUUAAUAUAGCUCCUGGUGAGGAUGUGGCCCAAAAAAUUGUGCUGUUUGCCCAACAAAGCAAGCAUGAACUAUGCGUUCUUUCUGCGUCAGGAACCAUCUCGAAUGCAUCGUUGCGCCAACCAGCUACAUCUGGAGGCAUUGUAUCAUAUGAGGGUCAAUAUGAGAUUGUCUCACUGUGUGGAUCUUGUAUUCGGGCAGAGCUUGGAGGUAAAAGUGGUAGUCUUAGUGUCUGUUUAUCUGGCGCAGAUGGUCAGAUCAUCGGUGGAGGAGUCGGGGGACACCUAAUCGCUGCUGGCCCAGUUCAGGUGAUUCUUGGAACAUUUCAGCUUGACAGAAAGAAGGAUGCGAGCAGUGGUGUGAAAGGCGAUGCUUCUGGAAGUGGAAGCAGGUUGCCCUCUCCUUCUGGCAACACAUCAAUGCUUGGUUUUGGCUUUCGGUCUGGUAUGGAACCAUCGGGACGAAAUCCCGUGAGGGGAAACGAUGAGCAUCAUCACCAAACCGCCAUGGGUGCUCAUUUCAUGGUUCAAGCACACCAGGGCAUGCACAUGGCACAUUCUCGGCCAUCCGAGUGGGGAACCAGCAGUCAUGACGGUAGGAGCAGUGCCGGCUAUGAUUUAUCAGGACGGACAGGGCAUGAGUCAUCUGAAAACGGAGACUACCAGCAAAUGCCAGAUUAGGAGGGAGUGAAGAUGGUUCCAGGGAGACAUGAGAUGGAAACUGAACCACAACGAAAGAGGACUGACCAUGCCUGUAGAUUUUCUCUUCAGAAAAGACAGGACAGGACAGAAACAGAAGAGAACAGAACAGAUGCUGAUGCCUUUUCUUCUUCUUUUUUUUUUUUUCCUUGUGUGAUAUAACUUCACACCCUAUACCGGUUUUGCAGCUGACUCUGCUUCUGUUUUACCCCUCCUUAUUCUCCUUCUCCCCUUUUGUUUUUCAUUACUUUUGUUUUUGUUUAUUUUAAGGAAAACAAUGCUCUCUCAUAGGAAUAUAUUGCAAUUUGACUGAUA